AUGCCGAAAAAGAAUGCAACGCGACAAGAGAAGAAACAAUUGUUAAGUCGUAUAAAUAAACAAGUAAUUGUGGAAACAGUGCAAGAGGACAUAAUGGAAGUAGAAAAUAUGCCAGCUAAUCCGGAGCCCGUGAAUUUUACUUUAGAGCAAGAACUUGAGAUUGAACUGAAACGAGAUAGAGAAAUCUUUUAUAACCAAAAAAAAGCUGGUUCUCAAAAAGAUUACGAAAAGAUUUUAAAAAGGAAAUGA